AUGUUCACACAGAAUUGCAUCUGGUGUAUAUAUUACAAACAGAUUGCAUCGCUCUGUCAUUCUGGUGUAUAUAUUACAAACAGAUUGCAUCGCUCUGUCAGUCUGGUGUAUAUAUUACAAACAGAUUGCAUCGCUCUGUCAGUCUGGUGUAUAUAUUACAAACAGAUUGCAUCGCUCUGUCAUUCUGGUGUAUAUAUUACAAACAGAUUGCAUCGCUCUGUCAGUCUGGUGUAUAUAUUACAAACAGAUUGCAUCGCUCUGUCAUUCUGGUGUAUAUAUUACAAACAGAUUGCAUCGCUCUGUCAGUCUGGUGUAUAUAUUACAAACAGAUUGCAUCGCUCUGUCAUUCUGGUGUAUAUAUUACAAACAGAUUGCAUCGCUCUGUCAGUCUGGUGUAUAUAUUACAAACAGAUUGCAUCGCUCUGUCAUUCUGGUGUAUAUAUUACAAACAGAUUGCAUCGCUCUGUCAUUCUGGUGUAUAUAUUACAAACAGAUUGCAUCGCUCUGUCAGUCUGGUGUAUAUAUUACAAACAGAUUGCAUCGCUCUGUCAGUCUGGUGUAUAUAUUACAAACAGAUUGCAUCGCUCUGUCAUUCUGGUGUAUAUAUUACAAACAGAUUGCAUCGCUCUGUCAUUCUGGUGUAUAUAUUACAAACAGAUUGCAUCGCUCUGUCAGUCUGGUGUAUAUAUUACAAACAGAUUGCAUCGCUCUGUCAUUCUGGUGUAUAUAUUACAAACAGAUUGCAUCGCUCUGUCAGUCUGGUGUAUAUAUUACAAACAGAUUGCAUCGCUCUGUCAGUCUGGUGUAUAUAUUACAAACAGAUUGCAUCGCUCUGUCAUUCUGGUGUAUAUAUUACAAACAGAUUGCAUCGCUCUGUCAGUCUGGUGUAUAUAUUACAAACAGAUUGCAUCGCUCUGUCAUUCUGGUGUAUAUAUUACAAACAGAUUGCAUCGCUCUGUCAGUCUGGUGUAUAUAUUACAAACAGAUUGCAUCGCUCUGUCAUUCUGGUGUAUAUAUUACAAACAGAUUGCAUCGCUCUGUCAGUCUGGUGUAUAUAUUACAAACAGAUUGCAUCGCUCUGUCAUUUUACUCUGUUGAUGACUUGUCUUUUGUUUCACAUUUCUAUCACUAUUUUUUUAAUGUAAAUACUUUUAGUCCAACAUCUUCUGGUUUGAGAAGAGAACAACAAAGCAUAUUGAGAAUGGAGACCAAUGUGAAUCCCUGGGUAUUAGUCUGUGUAUAUUAUUAUAUAUAUGAUAACAUGUAUGAUGUAUUAAUAAUUCAAAAAAUA